AUGGAGACACUGGAAGAAACUGAACUCUGCUUUCCAAAACUCCUCAAUACAUCCUGCAGGAGGGCAAAGCGCCCACACACUGAGGCUGUGCUGAUUUAUAGUCUGCUGUCCUUCAUCUCUCUGCUUACUGCAACUCUCAACCUGCUGGUCAUCAUCUCUAUCUCCCACUUCAAGCAGCUCCACACGCCAACCAACCUCCUCCUCCUCUCUCUGGCUGUUGCAGAUUGCUCAAUGGGCCUCCUCAUGUCUUUUCAGAUCCUUCUCACAGAUGGCUGCUGGUUCCUUGGUGACCUCAUGUGUGCUUUGUUUGGUGUGUUAGACUUCAUUAUUACUUCUGCUUCAGUAGGAACCAUGGUGUUCAUAUCUGUUGACCGCUAUAUAGCUAUUUGUGACCCUCUGCAUUACUCCACUAAAAUCACUGUUAGAGUAGUUGUACUCUGUACCUGCCUUUGUUGGGUCUGCUCUGCUCUAUACAACAGUCUAAUAAUGAUGGAAAACUUAAAACAGCAAGGCAUUUAUAAUUCCUGUGCCGGAGAGUGUGUGAUUGUCGUUCACUACACUGCAGGAGUUGUUGACCUUAUCUUGACCUUUAUCGGUCCUGUCACUGUCAUCAUAGUUCUGUAUAUGAGAGUAUUUGUGGUGGCUGUGUCUCAGGCUCGUGCCAUGCGGUCCUACAUUACAGCUGUGACACUUAAGAGCUCAGAGACUGUUUAUGUCAAGAAAUCUGAGUUGAAAGCAGCCAGGACUCUUGGUGUUGUUGUAGUUGUGUUUCUGUCAUGCCAUUGUCCAUAUUACUGUUCCUCUCUCAUAGGUCAGAACACCUUGUUUAGUGUGACAUCUGUGCCUUUAGAGACGUGGCUCUUCUAUUUCAACUCUUGCCUAAACCCGGUGAUCUAUGCUUUUUGCUAUCCCUGGUUUCGAAAAUCCAUUCAGUUUAUUGUAACAUUAAAGAUACUUCAGCCUGACUCCUGUGAAGCCAACAUACUGUAG